GUGAUGUCAAACCAGUAGGCAGUCCUCUGUAGCCUCCCACACACUAUUGAAACGUCAUGUGCCAGUAUGAAUAUUAACACGGACACAAACACUUCAGUGCUCUGCAACCAAAGAAGAGAAAAAGAGAAACUAAAAGUUUGGCAUCAGUGAAUGGACUGCUUGCAAAACAUUGUGUGUCUGACUGCUGCUGAGAACACCUCCCAUUUCUACUGUUGGAGAAGAGCUGAACAGAAACAGGAUUUCCCCGUAUCCCUUAUUUAAAUUGAUACGUAUUUUACUAUUCCUUUUUACUUUGGAUUUCAGGCUCUGAGCUGCAGUGGCCACAAGCGCUGGACAGCAAUAUGUGUCAUGUCAUUGUCACUUGCCGCUCAAUGCUGUGGACACUCCUGAGUAUCGUUGUGGCUUUUGCAGAGCUCAUAGCCUUCAUGAGUAUUGAUUGGCUGAUUGGCAAGGCAAAGCCUGGGAAUUCUGAGGACAUGGACAACAGGACAGGAAGAUCGCUGGAACCCUAUCGUCCAACCUUGGGGAUCUAUGGACGGUGCAUCAGGCUCCCGCACAUGCAGUCUUCCUUGCCUGACACACUUUGUGGCCCCUAUGCAGAGAGCUUCAAUGAGAUUGCCAGUGGAUUCUGGCAGGCUACUGCUAUUUUCCUUGCCGUGGGGAUCUUGAUACUCUGCGCUGUCGCUUUUGUAUCUGUUUUCACCAUGUGUGUACAGAGUAUUAUGAAGAAAAGUAUUUUUAACGUCUGCGGGCUGCUACAAGGAAUUGCAGGUCUCUUCCUUAUCCUAGGAUUGAUCUUGUACCCUGCUGGUUGGGGCUGUCAGAAGGCAAUAAGCUAUUGUGGACCUUAUGCUUCUGCUUAUAAACUUGGUGACUGUUCUGUGGGCUGGGCCUUCUACACUGCUAUUGGUGGAACCGUCCUGACAUUCAUCUGUGCUGUCUUCUCUGCCCAAGCUGAAAUCGCCACCUCUAGUGAUAAAGUACAAGAGGAAAUUGAAGAGGGGAAAAGCCUUAUCUGCCUCCUUUAACAACCCAGGAAAAUAUUUUCACGUCUCAGAAAUGGUUUCAAAGUGGCUCAGUAGGUGGACUCCUAUAGGAGGUGAUGGAGACACACAAGUCUUCUGGAGAUACAGCAUUAGAAUGUUACUUGAUGGACACUGAGGACUAUAGGCAGCAUAAGAAGAAAAUAUUAACUGGUGGGAACAGUGGCACUUGGUACACUAGCAGGAUGCUACAAAGCACACCUGCUGGCUUCAAGUUUCUAUGAACAGUGCCUAUUGUGGACAUGCCAACUCCUACUUGAGGUUCACCACCAUAAAGGAUUGCAAAGGAAUUCUGUGAAGGAUGUUUCAUAUAAAUCAAUAUGGUUCCAGUAUGGACACAUUAAGAUGACAGAAUCAGGCUUCAAGUCCAAGGGUUUUACACACCACAUUGGUAACAUCUUCCACAGCAUUUUUCAAAAUUAAAAAGCACAACUUAUUUUGAAUGCAAUAGCACAUGGAAAGAAUGUGUCUAGGAAACAUGCAGGAAUCCCAUUUGAAGCUAAUAGGAAACCAUUUUUUGUUGGAGUAGGGGCUUAUAAGCAAGACAUUGCCCAGUAAAUAUGUGAGGCACGGAGCUGCGGCAGAAACAAGUACAGUGUAUGGUAGCAGCCAGAAUUUAAGCUAAAUUACUUUGGUUUCAUAGAACCGGCAAGCACUCCCAUUGUAUUAUUGAUUUAUCUGUAUAAAUUAGCAUCUAGUGUGCAUAGCCCUGAAGGUGUAUCUUCAAGAGGAAGUGUGAGCCUCAUCCACCAUGAGGGACAGUAGCAAGCAGUCGAUACUGGUACUCAUAGGGUAUCGCCCAACUGCCUCUUGUGUUCAGUUCUAAAGACUGCCGUCAUGCUCAUC